AGGUCAUCGAUGCAUGCAUGCUUAAUUUUACCACUUUUCAUAACAGUCGUCGCAGAAGAUUAUGAAUAUUUGCUGGGAACAGAUGAUCCGCAUUUGUACAAUGAUGCGCCUUUAGACUCAAGUUCCGAAGAUGUCUCCCAUAGCCUGGCUCCGUGUCCAACUAACUAUUUGGAUGGAGACGAUGGAAAAUGUUACAAGGUGUACACCAACCAUUCCAACUACGUUGACGCUUCACAUCAGUGCCAGCGUGAUGGUGGUAAACUUGUUUCAGUUACGAGUGCGAAGAAAAACGAUAUGAUCGCGAAAAUGGCUAGGGAUGCAGGUGUUAUAGUUUGGCUGGGAAUGAAAUGUAUAAAGCCACAUGUAGAAUAUUGUGCAUGGGACGAUUCUUCACGUGCUCCUUAUGCUUAUACCAAUUUUUUCCGAGGCAACCCAAACAGUAUCGGUGAAUGUGUCUUGAUGAUGAUUGGUGAAAUUGCCAAUGGAAAGUGGGUCAGCGCCGACUGUGAUUACAUAAGAAUUGGUUUUGUUUGUCAAGUUACUAGAAAAAAGUAUUGUGGCGAUUAUGAUGAAUAUAAGAAAGGUGGCACAUGUUACAAAGCGUUCAAUCUCCAUCUAUCUCAAGAAGAAGCGGAGCAGUACUGCCAGCAGGACUGUGGUCAUCUCGCCUCUGUACAUAAUUUUGAAGAAAAUCAAUUACUUUAUGAAAUGGCCAAAAACAAUAUGAGCUAUGCACGCAUUGGCCUGAGAACUGUCAAUAACGAAUUAUCAUGGGGAGAUAACUCUACGUUUGAUUACAAUAAUUUCGGUGUCAACAAUACAGCACUUGGCGAUUGUGUAGCUAUGUCACUGAAAAAUGAAGUGAUACGUGCUACUCAAUGGAUAAAUGUGCCAUGCGAUCAAGGACUGCCAUUCAUAUGUCAGAGAGCUCGAGGAGCGUGUUACAAUACUACCUCCACUCUUCCCUCUUCAACAAUGGCACCUAAUACUUGUGAUGAGCCUCAGUACUUUAGCCAAAAUGGCACCAUCUAUUCACCCGGUUUCCCUGACAUGUACUAUGGAGAUAAAUCGUGCUACUAUAUAAUGACAGUAUCUCUUGGUCAACGCGUGCGUGUCCAUUUUCCAUACCUCAACCUCCACCCGGAUAGCUGCAUCAAACUUUAUAACUCUGUCAUCGAUUCGCUACCCUCUGAUUCUGUAACAUUUUUAACUCCACCGACAAAAUACUACGAGUCAUCCACAAAUGUGAUGAAGAUGAUCUUUGUGCCACCACCGAAUGCACAACAACAGUGGUACAACGUUGAUUAUUCAAGCUCGUGGAAAGCGGAAUUUUCUUAAAACGUGAACAAUUUGCUUUGAAACGCAUCCAUUUCCCCUAUUCUUCUGAGGUAUCAAACUAUUAUUUAUUUCUUGAUAGUUUAUUGAUGGUACGAAGAUAUUUACAGUAGAGUAUCCUACGUAAAAUAUGUAUUUGCACAAGGCGGCGCUGAGUGUAAUCUGGAGCUGCUUACUCUAGACUUUUCUUUGUCCUUUUUUGAUCACAACUAUACAGGUGGAAGUGUUCGUUUUGCAGCAAAUUUUUCAAUCAGUAUACGAGCACAGCGAAGCUUGUGAUGCUGCUCGGUUUGCAAACUCACAUAUAUGACUAUAAAUGACUUGACAUAAUGCGUUGGUGUUGUCAAUCUUCUUAGCAGAAAAUGAAUUAUUCAAAAGUGCUG